AUGCUCUCGCGGAUCGGCUUAGUCAUCUCUGGUGAUUUCGAGAGUCUUCUUGAUCGAGGCAUGUUGGAUCUGAGAGCUUCAAAUCACUGCGCCCAGCUCUCUCCUGCUCUUCUCUAUCAUCAAACCCCUCCAGAUAUGGCCGAUGAAACCAGUACAUUAGACGCUGUUCCCCAGUUCGGCUUUAAAAAACGCGCGAAGGGCAAGGCCAGCUUUCGCAAGAAGCCCGCCACUCCCCCGCCAGCCUCGGAUUCCGGCUCCGAUUUUACAUCCUCCGAUGACGAAGCAGGACGUCGCAUCAAGCGGCGCAAGAACGUUUCUGUCACAGCCUCCUCCCUUGCAAAUGCGACCACAAAGACCACCAACGAAGAACCGGCGAGCGUAGGUCCAGUUGCCAUCACCAGCAGCAAUGACGCCACAAAACAAUCCAAUUGGUACGAUGAAGAAGACUUGAGUGCAAAGAACCUGCUUGGAUCUACUCGAGCACGCCCACAACCAUCAGCAUCCGCCACCUCGGUGUCUACGUCCGACGGCACCUACAAAGGUGCCGCCAACUACCAGUCCUUUAUUCAGAAGAAUCCAGAUGCGCCGACAAAACAAUUCGGUCCUGUCAAAGCUCCCACCAAUAUCCGAACUGUCACUACAAUUGAUUUCGCUCCGGACGUUUGCAAGGAUUAUAAACAAACUGGAUACUGCGGAUUCGGUGAUUCAUGUAUAUAUUUGCAUGAACGGACCGAUUAUAAGCAAGGGUGGGAGCUCGAUCGCGAGUGGGAAGUCGAGACUAAGGGCAAGAAACAGGCUGGACGGGUGGUGUCGCAACGAAAGGGUGCGGGUCACAUGGCUGAAGGGGACGACGAUGACGAUGACGAGCUCCUCGAAAACAUCCCUUUCGCCUGCAUCAUCUGUCGCAAACCAUACCAGACCCCCAUCAUCACAAAGUGCGGCCACUACUUUUGUGAGGCUUGCGCGUUGCAACGGUACCGGAAGAACCCCUCCUGUGCAGCAUGCGGUGCGGGCACGGGUGGGGUGUUCAAUACGGCGAAAAAGCUCAAUGUCUUCCUGGACAAGAAGCGGGAGCGUGCGCGAAAGCGACGGGAAAAGGCGAUUGCGGAGGGCAAGGACGUCAGCGAAGAAGAAGAGGAGAAGGAUGGAAGCGAUUGA